AUGCAUAACCUUUCAUUACUGAUAUUCUUCUUAGCAUUAGUGUUCGUCAUUAGUGCUCGAACAAGUUCAUCACUAAAUGAUCGUCGAUUAUGUCCAGAAGAAUAUCGCGAAUUGCGUCGUCGAAAUGAUGAUUCCAAUUCUGAUUCUGACGAUGAUGGCGAUGAUGAUGACGACGACGACGACAACAACGGCUGGGAUCAAAUUUGCCGUGCUGCAUUGCAAGAACCGCAAUCAAUCAAAAACCAAUCACUUCUGCGUAUCUACUGCCCAUACCUCGAUGAGGCUUUGGAAUUAGCACAAGUCAAUAAUGAUACAUUGUGUGAAAUGAAAAAACGAGCACUUGUCAAGCGAAGUUAUGGAAAACGAAAACGACAAAGUAUGAAAAAGAAACGAUACGAUGACUCGAGUGAUGACGAUGACGAAAAACGUCGAUCUUUACGCAAACGCAAAUUACACAAGCGACUUGCUUUAAGAUUUAUUCGGAAAUCCUUGUAA